GCGAUGCACCAUGGGACGUCGGGUCGUGGUUCGCUCGAAUACAAGAUGGCUGACACUUGUUAGUGGUGUAUUUUCGUCGGGUCGAAUGCGGAUUUCCCGUGAAAAAAUCGGUGGCUUCGUAGCGGCGUACGGUGGACGGUUGUUCGCGUAGGGAACGGCGGAGUGUCCAGGCUUUCCGGCUAGCUGGUCGGUGUGAUCAUGCGCGGGGCGGACGGGGUGCACCAAGAUGCGCCGUGAAAGUGCCGCGGUCGGAAUAAUCGCCCGUCACCAGAGCCAUGUUCGUACGUGUUCUUUUGUUAUGACAAUUGUGAUAUAAUUCCAGUGGAAUAUAGUGCCAAGGUGAAGUGAGACCUCGCUUUGUCGCGCGCCUCUGCACGCCCUGGCGCGUCGCGUCGCGCGAGACCAGGCAGCAGCAGCAGCAGCAGCAGUCGGUUCCGCAGCCGAGACGGAUUAAAUGAGAGGUCAUACAGUUGUACUGCAGCCGGCGCAGAGGUAAGGGGAGGCCAGGCGGAGAUCGAAGGAGGGAUGAAUGGAACGGCGGCGUUGCGACGCAGCGUCGGGGGCGGCGUGGGCGCCGCCGGGGGUGGAACCGUCGAACUAGCACCCGUUGCCACCCUCGUCGUCUACAUGGACGAGGCCGGAUACGGGAUGAAAGUCUCCGGCGAUAACCCCGUCUAUGUUCAGUCUGUCAAAGAAGGCGGAGCAGCCGAGCGAGCCGGCCUUCACGCGGGCGACAAAAUCAUCAAGGUUAACGGCGUGAAUGUAAUGCAGUCCACGCAUACGGAUGUUGUGCAGCUCAUAAAGUCUUCGACGCAGGUGGUACUGACGGUGCAGCAGAGGCCGGUCGCGACGAGCAGCGCGGCGACGACGGCCACAGGGCUACAGGUUGGCCUGGCGGGCGGACAGCAUCAGCGGCCGGUCAGUCUGUCAGCGGGCAGCACGAUGGUAUCACCCUCGCAGCCGGCGACUUCUUUGCACAGGGCGUUCACUGCGCCGGCCGGCUCGCAGUGUAACGCGCGCAUCACGGGCCCUCAACCGGUCGACCAUGAGAAAAAGCGGCAGCUAGAAACACAGCGCGUUCAUACAUUCCAGCUUAUGUUGGAGAAUGAACAGAGUUACGUUGACAAGCUUCGAAAUGAACUUGCGAAAACGGGGAGUGGUAGUGGUAGUGGUACUGUCAAUGUUGGACUACAAGCAGAAUUAGCAGGCGCCGAAAGGAGAGUACGCACAUUACAGGAGCAGCUAGCUGCGAUUACUACUCAUGAACAGCUUUGCUCGUUGGUAACAAACACUUCGUGUUCCCCGGGCUAUUAUCCACCUUUGAAUAGUAGCAGUGGUGAUGUGCCACCACCUCUACCGUCUCGUAAAUCCUUGUCCAUGCAAAGCCUAUCUCCGCCACCAUUGCCUCCCAGACCUCCUCCUACAAAUACACACAACGUAGCCCAGUUGGAGCUGGAGCGUCAUCUGUUGACUCAUUUAACGCCCUCAACCACCAGUCAUGGCAUCCCUAACUCUCUUUCGCAGGGGGCAAAUUUGAGUUCUUCGAAUUCACUCAACAAGCAUCAAAGAACAAAGUCCAGUCCCGAACAACUAGGAACUACAACAAUUUCUCCGGCAGAAGCUAGUAGACGUUUAAUAGCAUCAGAAUCAAUGAAUGAUCUUUCCCCUCCGAGGCACGUGAGGCAUAGUGACAUUGAUCUAGAUGAAAUACCUCAUAUCACUCCUCCAGGAACCCCCCCUCCUCCAUAUCCAGUCGUUAGUCCAGGGAACGAUACCUCGAGUUCUACUAUAAAUGAUACAACUUUAAAUGAAAACAUUCCUGGAUUACCAACGUUACAACAGCCAAUCAUGUCAAUGGAAGACGAUGAUAUGAGUGACCAAGAAGUUGGACAGUUGGAAGAUCAUGGCCCAUUCAAAUCUUUGGCACGCCUAUGGGGGCAUCACGCACACCUUGCUGUAUUUAUUAAUUAUGUCUUAUCGAAUAGUGAUCCCUCCAGUCUGUUGUUCUAUUUAGUAACAGACUUGUACAAAGAAGGAAACGCAAAGGAAAUGAGGAAAUGGGCAUAUGAAAUUCAUUCUAGUUUUUUAGUACCUGGUGCACCUCUUCGUCUGCAUAAUGUAGAUGAAAAUGUAGCACACGAAAUAGAUGAUGUUCUUUUAAAAGAAUCCGACAAAGAAGAAAUCCUAAGAAAGAUCUUCUGGAAAGCACGAACACGUGCGAAAGAGGAGCUGAACGAACAACUUGCAGACUUUCAACAAAAGAGAACUGCAGGACUGGGCACGUUAUUUGGUCCCAGUGAUGCGCAGUUGGAUGAAAGUGCGUCCGACAAAGCACGAGAAACGAAAAUCAUAGAGACAUACCUUUUACCUAAGAUGGAGCCUUACCUAGAAGAUAUAGAAAAAGAACACGUAGAUCUGCGACAGUUCACAACAGCAGCUGGUUUGGCAACGAUACUGACAAAAAUUUUUCAAGUCAGAACAGUUGCACUUGACCGAGUGCCUACCUUCGUUGCCAAGGAUAAGUCAAAUAUCAAGGCACGCUUGCUUACGGGGAAAACAAGGAAAAUGACAAUCAGGGGUCACCAUUUUAUAGCUCAUCAGUACUUUACUAUUACCUAUUGCAAUCAUUGUCAGCUUAUCAUUGGUGGAAUUGGUCCGCAAGGAUACUUAUGUAGUGAUUGUUCUCUGAGUGUGCAUCGCCAGUGUGUUCGUGUGGUGGAGGAGAAUUGUCCAGGGCCACUAGUUAGGAAAGAAAGAGGCAACGAUCGUAUCAGUAAAUUGAUGGAACGUAUCAGGCCAGAGAGGAAACCCCCAUCGUCUCAUCACCACCAUCACUCUCAAAAUCAUAUGCUGCAUGUGGACAAACUUAAGAAGAGUGAGGAAGACGCUGGUGCACUGACGGAUGGAGAAAAUGGAGAGCCUCGCGGGGGUGGCGUAGCCGGAAACGCGCGUAGUAGCAGCGAAAGAGGACGCAUUUCCGCUUCCAGCGGAGUCUCUGAUCACGCAGAUAGCAUGGACAAUCCUUCCUCGCGAGAAGAUAUCUCUGAAAUGGUGCAGCAAAAUAUUUCCAGUAAGCCAAAGACGUCAAACAUAAACAGGUCUGAAAGUUACAAGGAGCGGAUACAUCACAAGCGACAGUUACGGGAAAAGCGGAAGACCAGUGAUCCAAAUCUCUCCAAAACGAAGGCUGGUUUCAGUGAUUGCGAUCAUUCCGGAUCGUUUCCUGGCAACUCAGCCGGCAGCUCGUCGAACAGCAGCCUGUCGACGAGAAGCCUGGACAGUCCGAGUACCAGCCUGGAGCACGUGCACCCGGCUACGUCGGCGACGAACACAUCCACCUCGUGGGACAGCGAUGUCGACGUCGAACCAGACCCACCGGACUGGAGCCAGGGUGUCGCUGAGGAAGUCCUUGCUAGACUCAGCAACGCUGAGAAGAAGCGACAGGAAGUUAUUAAUGAACUAUUCCACACCGAACGGUCUCACGUGCGGGCGUUGAAGGUCCUGUCACACGUGUUCCACAAGCCACUGCUGGAGUCCCUAGUGCUUCCGUCAGACCAGAUACAAUUACUAUUUUCGAAUUUGGACGAGAUGGUGACGAUUCACUCGCGGUUCAACCAGGCAAUGAAGCGCAAGAAGAAGGAGAAUCCGUGUGUGGGUGAUGUGAGUGAGCUGCUGUUAGAAAUGUUCGAUGGUGAAAACGGUGAAGCGUUUGAACGUGCCGCGUCUACCUACUGCUCGAAGCAGCAGGUGGCUCUGGACGCGUUGCGUGACCGACGUCGCAAGGAUCCAAAGUUGAACGCUUUCCUGAACGAGAUUGAGGCUAACCCACUGUGUCGAAGGCUGCAGCUCAAGGACCACAUACUGACAGGCAUGCUCCGGCUGACAAAGUAUCCACUGCUUUUCGAGAAUCUUGCCAAGUACACACCGGAGAGCAACGAGAAGGAGAGGGCUGCCGUGCUGAGGAGCCUGGACAGGAGCAAGGAGAUCCUCAGUCGUGUGAACCAAGCUGUCCGUGAGGCUGAAGAUUACCAGAGGCUCUCAGAGAUCCAACGUACCAUUGACAGGUCUGCCUUCGACAAGUUUGACCAUCCGACUGUUCAGGAGUUCAAGAAUUUGGACAUCACCAAGCGGAAACUGAUCUACGAAGGUCCACUGCAGUGGAGACGAACAGAGCAAAACCGAGCCAAGCCUGUCGACCUGCACGUGGUCCUGCUGGACGACACGAUAUUUCUGUUGCACCGACAAGAUGAAAAGUACCUGCUUAAGUUCAUCAACACAAACCAAGCGAACUCAGUGCUGAGCCCCAUCGUAAAGGUCUCCACAGUUCUGGUCAGGCAUAACGCUGUGGACAAGAACUCACUCUACCUUGUCAACACGUCUCAGAACGGUGCACAGAUCUAUGACUUGGUUGCUGCCUCGCCAGCUGAAAGGAAACUCUGGUGCAAACAUAUAUCGGAGGCAGCUGAGGCGUACAAAGCUCGUGACAAGCAAGGUAGAAGACCUACACCACCCACUACACUGCCAGAAGAACCAGGACCUACGAUCGAGGACCCAACCUCGACUGAACAUGACAAUAUUCCUGACAAGACGGAGCAAGAGCAGGAACAGGAAGCUGAACCCAAAGACCCCGCACAGGAUACUAGUGUGGAACACGAAGAGGAGAAGCCCAAUCUGCCUGCGCCAGCUGCUGAUCCUUCGACAACUGAGCAGACGCAGCAGCAACCCCAGCAGCAAUACCCUGCUGAAUCUCCAAAUUCAGGUAUGGGAGAACCUUUGCGAAUGGUUACUUGUACGCAGGUGUCAUUAAUUGAUCCAUUGGAAGUUCACGUGGAAGUACCACCUGUACACAUUGCAGAACCAGUACUUACAUCUAUAGAGUGUCUCAGGAGAAAGGAUGAAACGAUUAAGCAAGCUUUGAUAGAAAAACAAUUGUUAGUAGCAGAUAUCUUGAAUAUUCCAAAAGAAGACUUCGAGCAUGUAGCAGACAUGGCAUCUGAGCCUUCGAGCAUGGAAAAAGAACCUGCAGAACUCAUACUCGCUGCUAUUAGUCAAGCGAAUCAAUUAGUGGGUCUCCUAAAUUCUGCAUUAAACGUAAGUGAAACAGAAACCGUACUUGCAUCACGUGGAGCAUCAGUACUGUCAACACCGCCAAGCUGCGAAGCUGGAUGUCCGUCUCCAAGAAUGCAUGUUUAUCCUCAACAACCGGCUGUAUCAGUUGCAAGCUUACAACCAGUUUGUCAUUCUCUAACGUCUCAAUUGUCACAGUUACUGGAGAUUAUAAAAGGAAGAGAAGAAGAGCGAGAAAGGUUGAGAAAAGAGCUACGUAGAAGCAGAGAACGUCUUCAUGCUCAUGAUGCAGAUGUACAGCGUCGUGAGUUUUCAGAAACCUGUACCACAUCGAAUCAAACACAAACAGAACCCGGUGACAUUUUGAACAAAGAAAGCAGUAUUGACGAACCCAUGCGAGAUGAAUUCGUAGACGCGCACGGUGACUCAGAGCCGGCCGAGGAGCUGGAGCACACCCAGCACGAGACCGAAACGGAGGUGAUGGGCGACAGCGUCGGUUGAUACCAGCACCCGCCGUGCCCGCGCUAAGCAACGUCAACCUGGUGCAUUUUUGGCCCCAGCCGCUCGCGCGCUGGAGUCGGUCGCAGAAUCAUGUAAAAAAAAACGAAACAAUAACAAACGGCGAGUAGCUGCUGCUGUUCACG